AUGGUAGAAAAUAAUGGGAUUGACAUUAAUGUUUCUAAUGUUUCUAAACCGGACUGCAUCAAGGAAGCUAUUGGUACUGCGGAGACAGUAUCCACUGCAGUUUCAGCUUUCGCGCCUAUCGCAGUUGUAGCAACUGCUAUACUUAAAUUAUGUGAAGAAAUGUGUGACAUACAUAAGAAGGCACAAUGUAAUGAAGAAAUGUGUGGCAUAUUAUUAGAUCAAGUACAAUUAGCUGAAUACCCUAUUAAGAAAUUAUUGCGAAAGAAAGAUGCUUCUCUUGAUAAAGAAUAUUGUGAUAAUUUGAUAAAAUUUAGACAGACUUUGGAAAAAAUGAAAAAUUUUGCUAAACAAGUGUCUCAACUUGGGAGUUUUAAAAAAUUUAUUUCUGGUAAUAACGUAAAAGAAAAUUUUGAUAACCUGUCUAAAGAAUUCGACACACGUAUGAAAUUUUUGAAUUUUAGCACCUUAAUUUACAAUGAGGAACAAAGAAUUAUUGAUCAACAACGAGUAGAUGACGAACUUAAUAGAAUACAAGAUUGGCUGGCUAAAUUAAGCGAUCAAGUUGACACGAAAUUGCAGUUUGCUGCAGAGAUGAUGAAUCGAACAGGUGAUAAAUCAGACUUUAAACCAACAAACAUAGAUCCGAAUUUAUUGCAAGAUUUAAAUGUCAACACUCGCUCUGGAAAAGUGGUCAAGAAAAAAUAUAUAUCACAACAGACAGAAGUUGCUUGUAAACCUAUAGAUCUUGUCGGACAAUCUCAAUCCCUAUUAGCAAUAUUGGAAAUGUUAAGUGAUUGUGAUUACUUUCUUAAAUUUUAUGGCAUGACUAAAUAUUAUCAACCAAAGAUCGCAAAUUUCGAAUUCUCUCGUAGUGUGACUUCUAAUAUAUCUAUGGAUAUUGGUAAUCGUAUUUUAGAAGUCAUUCGUUGGCUAGCUCCAGAAAAAAUUCGGAAUUCUGAAGUCCCAUAUUCUCAAAAGUGUGAAGUUUUCAGUUUCGGGAUGCUUCUUUGGGAACUUUCCUUUGAAAAAAUUCCAUAUAAAGAUUUGGAUUUAAAAAAUAUAAUGAAAUAUGUGCAAAAUGGUGGUAGAGAAAAGAUUACUUUUGGUCAAGUAAUAUCACAACAAGAAAGAGUAAUCCAGAAGGAAUUUGAAAAUAUCAUUAAAGGAGCCUGGCAUCAAGAUCCAGACCAACGACCAAGCAUUAUGAUAUUGUUUGAAUCAUUGAAAAAACUUGCAAAAGAUGACCCACCAGUAGUUUUUGAUGAUAAUACUUUAGAUUUGGAUGGAUCAUUUUCCCAAGAUGAGGAUCUAUUAACUCAAGAAUUUGAAGAUAUUAAUUUUGAUAAUUUUGGGUCAGAAAUAUUACCUUUUGAUGAAGGGAUUAGGCUUCACAAGAAAGAAACUAACGAGAAUGCGCAAGUGUUUUACGCACUUGCUAAAGAUGUAAGGCCAAAAGAAAGAAAAGAGUUGAUUAAAUAUUUAACGAUGGCUGCCGACAAUGGAAAUAGAGAUGCAUUAUUUAAUUUAGGCAAUGCGUUAUAUAAAAGAGAGUUCGAAAAAGGGUUAAAGUAUAUGAAGUUGGCGGCUUACAAAGGACAUCCCAAGGCAAUAGAAAAGGUAAAAGUGAUAGAUAAACGUGACAGAUAA